CUGCUUCGUGUGAUGAAAAAAUGGCGCCCCGGCUGCUGCCCCGUUCGCCCAUGCCUAAAACCGCCACUGUUCAUAACCUGCGAAGUACAGAUCAAGAAUAACCAGGUCAAACCUGGACCGGUUCCCAGAAUUUACCCACCUACAUUUCUAUGGGUCCUUUUUAUUUUUUGCAACAUUGUAAGCCGAUUGCAUCACUCCAGGAACUUUGCAGAAGUGUUUUAUUGGUGGCAUGAUCAGACAGAUAAGUGUCGCCGCGAAAGAAACUCAAGAGAGCUCAUUAAAGGAAGAAGACGGGGAGACCAUUUCUGCCUGUUCAAUGAGGAGACAGAGGAAGGACUGCAGAGUCAAAGCUCAGUGAAUGCAUUGAAGUCCAUGGAAGCGCACCGGCAGAAAACUAGAGAUUUUAGACACUUGGAUUUGGAAAAGGCAGGGAUAGCAGGAGCCUGGAUGACGAUGACGGUGGUGAAUUUCUCAUCCAGAAGAAAAAAUCUAUUUUUACUUUUAGUCUUUUUUGUUUCUCUGCCUAUGAAUAGGCCUACUUCAGCAGAAACACACGGAUCACCACCAAAAACAUGCAUAGUUUGCAAAGCAGAAUGUGCCAGUCAGUGGAAGAGAGUUUAUAAAACGGGUGAUGACAGGCCAUUAUGGGAGAGACAAGAACACCCUCCACAUUGCUCAAGCGAUUUGAAAUUGAGCUCGAAUGAUUUUAUUUGCCAAUACAACAAUCAGUUCAUUGUGGUGACUGACCAGGAUGACUGGACCUAUAUUUUUGAAGCAACAGGCAAACAUUUGAACACAGUAACUGAACCCUGCCCAGAAUUCCACUCUGAAGCGGAUUCACAAAAAGAUUCAUCUCAACACAAUCACAGCUGCGACUGGACAGUCCGGGUUCUUAUUGUAGCAUCGAUUUUGACCCUUUGGUGGUUGCUGAUCCAGUGAGAGAUGAAACAAUUUCACGUUCAUCCAGUGGUGAUAUCAGAAGAAAGUAGAAGCUUAGGCAUUACAGAUGGUGGUGUGUUUGAUUCAGUUUCAUUAUAUUUCAUCUGUUACAACCUUAACAUGCCACUGAACUUACUAUUGCAGCGUAGUUGGUGUACUUUAUUUGUGGAACUUAACUGAUUUUUUUCAAUAAUUUGUAAUCAUGCACUAAUCUUUCAGCUUUAACUGCUAAGAAAAGUUCUCAUCAGUGUUUGUGUGUAUGGUGUAUUGUAAUUCCUCUUUAACACGUUUGCCCAAAAUGGCUACUUUUAAAUUACAAGUAAUUCAGAAUGAUUCUGCCAGAAUAUUAACAAUAACUAAGAAAACAGAUCAGAUCCUGUAUAACCUCCAGUGGUUACCGGUGUCUUUUAGAAUCAAUUCUAAGUUUCUUUUACUUAUUCAUAAAGCACUAAAUGGACCUUCAUGCAUUACUGACCUUCUUACCUUUUAUACUCCUACUAUUAGUCUGCGAUGUACCAAUUCGAGACUUCUGUGCAUUCCAAAGGUUGAAACAUAUUGUGCUGAGGCAGCUUUUAAACAUUUAAAACAAUUAAACACACUGCCAGGAGACAUUAGACACUCCGCUGAAUCAAUUAACACUUUUAAAAAGCUACUGGAAACACUGACUUUUUAAGUUAAUAGUAUUCUAUUAUAUUUCACUUUAUAUUUUCCUGUUCACUUAUUGUAGCAUUACUGGCUUUUCUAGUAUUACUGGUGUUCUUUUACUGUUACUCACUUAUUACUUACUUCUUUUUAUCUCACCCUUGUAUUGCUACAUCCGUAAAAUACAGUAUUUAUUUCAAAUUGUAAGUAGCUUAUGAUUUUAUAUUUUUUGACCUUUCAAUCCAUUGUAAUUUAUAUAUUCUAUUUAAUUUAGUGUAUUUAUUUGGUUUCCAUUUACUCUUUAUUUUAUUUAGAUUUAUUCUACAGUUCCAUUGACCUGUACCGUUAGUUGCUUCCCCCCUUUUGGUUGUUUUUUUAAUCCCAUAUGUGAAACUCUGAGCAGCAUUCCAUGAAAUAAACCGGCAACCGCUAGAUGGCAGUGUUGUAAUCUGUCCUCAGUCAUUUGACUCUUUCAUUCCAACGUAAAAAAAAUGGUGCCGUUUUUACUGAUAUAGGCAAAUGUUUAUUCCUUUGCUCAAAUUGCAUAAAACGCAGUGCUAUGAUGCUGGAUGUUACCGGGACUGU